AGCUACAGGGAUGAUGCCACUUUGCAUUUUUCUGGUGCUUCUGAGUCAAAUGUAUGAGGUGCCAGCUGAUAACAAGACCUCAAGUAUAAUUCAGCCCAGUGGUGUCAUAACAGCUAAAGCUGGGGAGAAUGUGACUUUGCAUUGCAUUUGUCAGGAUGAAGCUGUAACUUUCCUUUCUUGGUACCAGCAAAGCUUAGGAGGCAAACCUCUCAUCAUAGCGACUCGCAUGAAGCACAGCACACAAGCUUCCAUCUCCCCGGCGUAUAAAGAAAGGUUUCAAGUCCACGCAACAGGUCAAAACGGCAUCAAUAAUCUCAUAAUCACAAACCUCCACCUGUCGGAUUCAGCAACAUACUACUGUGGGAUUUUAGAAUUCAACGCAAUUGAAUUUGGACAAGGAGUUUUUCUUCACGUCACAACAGCGUCAUCCAACACUCAAGCUGAGGUCCAUCAGCCAGAACUGGAGCCACUUUGGUCAGGAGAAUCUGUGAAUCUGAGCUGCACAGCAUACUUUGAACCAUGUGCAGGACAGCAGAGCUUCUACUGGUUCAGACAUGGUGCAGACCAGCCUGCAGUCAUGUAUCCCAGUGCAGGACAGUGUAAAAAUAUUCCCAGUGAAGAUUCUCACAUGAGGAACUGCACUUUAAAUCUCUCUUUAAAGUCUGUGAGCUCUCCUGAUGCAGGGAUGUACUACUGUGCUCUGGCCUCGUGUGGGGAGAUCGUGUUUGGAAGAGGAGUGAAGGUCAAGAUUGUAGAACGUUCUACCCAAGCCAUUCCUCUCCUUGUGUAUUCCCUGAUUGUGGCGCUGGCAGUUUCCAUCAUCGUGCUCCUUGCCUUGGCUUUCAUCAUGUACAAGUGGCAAAAAAAGUCAUGCUCUGUCUGUAAAGGAACUGUUUCUCACGUGGCAUGUUCUGCAGCUUCUGAAGCCAUGAGCCAGGAUGAAGACGUUCUUCAUUAUGCUGCUCUGAGUGCGAUCAGAGCCAGCGAACGACAUCAUCAAGAGGACAACAUGGAGAGUGUUUCUGUGUACUCUAGAGUAAAGAGCAGGAAAGAGUGAAGUAGGGGCUUUGCUUUCACAUUCAACCACUUCAACAAGUGCAAGACAACAACACUUCACGUGACUAAAUAUACAAUGUAAAAUAA